ACCUCCCUCUCCCAUUUCACUGCCUGGUGCUGAGCCAGGGCCUCUUCAUUAGCACUGACUGCAGCUGCAGCUUGGGCAAGGAUGUGGCGGGAGAAGGGGGCUCCUGGCUGGGAAACGCCUGUGCCCACUCACCUGAGUGAGGUCAGGGCUCCCCGUGGCUGGUUGGGGAUCUGACCUGGCCCUACUGAGGUGCAGCAUCGUCACGAGGUGUCCCAAGGUUCCCCAGCCCCACGUGGGACUCCGGUCCCUGCCAGGUGUCUCCCUCGGUGUGGCCCUGAUUGGUUUAAAGUCUACACAUUAUCACCCACCUGGCCCCAGAGCUCAUAAAAUCCAUUGGGAUCGAGGCACUACUGUCACUGCUGCCACCGCUGUCACAGCUGCCCCUUCCAAGCUGGCACCAUGGGCUCUGCUUCCUUCUUGACAAGGGUCCGGCGUCUGCUCCGAAUUCGGAACCGGCUGAUACGGGAAUGCCUGGCUGAGCUGCUCUGCACCUUUGUCCUCAUUACAAUCACCCUGGGCGGCGCCGCACAGAGGGUCACCAGCGAAGAGACAAAGGGGGACAUCCUCACCAGCUACUUGGCAGGUGCCCUGGCUGUCAUGGUGGGCAUCUACAUAGGAGGGGGAAUCUCAGGGGCCCACAUGAACCCGGCGUUCACCCUCGCCAUGUGCCUGACGAAGCAGUUCCCCUGGUGGAAGUUUCCCAUCUUCGUGCUCGUGGAGGCCUUGGCAUCUUUCCUAUCUGCCGGAGUUGUCUACAUCCUCUACUACGGUAUGGGAGGGCAGCACCGGGUUGGGGAACCCCACGGCGGUGCCAGGCUGGCCAGGCUCACAGACAGGCUCUGCCUCUGCCCCACAGAUGCCAUCUGGCACUACAGCAAUGGCACCCUUACCGUGUCCGGCCCCCGGGAAACUGCCUCCAUCUUUGCCACCUACCCAGGUGACUACGUGUCUCUCACCAACGGCUUCGUGGACCAGGUGAUUGGCACGGGGGUGCUGCUAACGGGCGUCAUGGGUGUCAUGGACAACCGCAACAAGGGUGUCCCCAAGGGCCUAGACCCAGUGAUCAUAGCCAUGCUGGUGCUCUCCAUCGAAGUCUCCAUGGGCGCCAACUGCGGCUGCCCCCUGAACCCCACACGGGACAUCGGGCCCCGGCUCUUCACCUACCUGGCAGGCUGGGGCCCGGAGGUCUUCAGCAGGGGCAAUGGGUGGUGGUGGGUGCCCCUGGUGGCACCGCUGCUGGGGUCCGCCGUGGGCACAUACCUGUACCAGCUCUUCGUGGCUUUCCAUUACCCGGAGGAGGACGGCGAUGCCCUGGAAGAGCAGGGCUCCAUCGUCCUGGAGAACAAAAACAUUGACCUAGACGCUGGGGUGUCAUCCAAGGAGGACACUGGGGGAACAGUGCCUACCGGGUACCCCCCACCACCCCGCAGCAGCAGCACGGUCCCCACUACCAUCCCCCUCACACUAUUAAACGAGUCCUGAGGUCA